UGGGGCCCCCGGGCAAUAGGGGAUCAUGGGGCCCCUGUGUCCUUGCCCAAACUCAAAAAAGCCUAUGAAAAAGGUACCAGGGGCAUCUCAUGGGGCAUCCUACUGACCCCGGGCCCCAAAUCAGCUGCACAAGAUUCUGAGUGCUCCAGUUUCAGUAAACCUGCCCCACUGCAACAACUCCAGGGCAGGGGCGGACUGACAACUCAUGGGGCCCCCGGGCAAUAGGUGAUCAUGGGGCCCCUGUGUCCUUGCCCAAACUCAAAAAAUCCUAUGAAAAAGGUACCAGGGGCAUCUCAUGGGGCCCCCUACUGACCCCGGGCCCUCGGGCAGUGCCCGAGUUUCCAAAUGGUCAGUCCGCCCCUACUCC